AUGAACUAAGAGCCUUCAAUUAUCGAAUUAGAACAUACAAUAGGAUUUAGCGGCAAAAUUCCAAAAUCAGUACAUGUUCAUUCAAAUGGCGAAGAUUUUUUAUAUAUAUCAGGAGCUUGUAUUGUAGUAACAAAUUUAAUGAAUCCUCACAAAUAACAUUUUCUUCGAGGACAUGAUAAUUAAAUAUCCUGCUUAGCAUUAUCAAAUAAUGGUCUUUUAGUAGCUUCAGGUUAAAUAGGUGAUAAUUCAGAUGUAAUAAUAUGGGACUUUGAAAAGAAAAAACCGAAAUUUCGUCUUUCUGAACAUGAUUAUGAAGUCGUUGUAGUAUAAUUUUCACAUAAUGAUUAAUUAUUAUUUAGUUGUGGAAAUGCAUAAGAUAAAAAACUAUUUGUAUGGGAUACAUCAAAUGGUUACAUAGUUGCCAGUUGUAUUAUAUUUCCUGAAAAAAUAACUACAAUGAGAUGGGGAGGAUAUGCAAAAGACAUUAAACUUCGAGAUACAGCGAAAUAUUAAUUCGCAACAGCAGGAAAUAAGCAAAUAUGUUUAUGGAAACUGGAUUCAAAAACAGGAUAAAUAGAACAUGAAUUUAUUAAUACAGGAUCAGUAAUAAGAGAAUACAAAUGCCUUGAAUAUUCUAAAAAUAGAGAAGAUUAUUUAUUUGCAGGAACCACUUCAGGAGAUUUUUUAUGUUUUUAAAUAAAAAAUAAACUUCUUAUUUGUGUUAUUACAGUUGCUGCACUUGGAGUUUAAUCUAUCCAAGCCAUAAACAUAAACCAUAUUAUAGUUGGAUGUGGAAAUGGACAAGUAAAUUUAUAUAAAACUAAUGACAAUUAAAUCGAUUCUGUAGCUUCUACUUAACUUUUUGGAAGUGUCAAUUCCAUUUCUUGCAUGGUUUCCGGAUAAGAAACAAUGUGUGCAACUGAUAAAGGAUUUAUUUAUAGAGUUAGAAAUGAUAAUUUACAAAAAGUCCUUCAUUGUGAAAAUCAUACUGACUCUGUUUUAUUUUUAGCUUAUCCGCCUGGAAUUUCUGAUAAGUUUGCUUCUUGUAGUGAAGAUGGUUCAAUUAGAUUAUGGAAUAUUGAAUAAGAUUAUCUUGUUGUUUCUAGAUGUUUUGCUUCUAAUGCAGGGCAUCCUUUAUGCCUUACACAUAAUGAUGAAAUAGUAUUAAGUGGAUGGUAAGAUGGUAAAAUUAGAAUGUUUAAUAGUGAAAACGGAAAUUUAAUAUGGUAAAUAGAUAAUGCACAUAAAGGAGGUGUAUAAAGUAUAUGUUUAGGCAAAAAUUUGAAGUUUUUCUGUUCUGGAGGACUUGAAGGAGAAGUUAGAGUAUGGGAAAUGAGAUCAAGGGAAAUGAUUUCUCAUUUAAAAGAACAUACUCAUAAAGUUUCUAAAGUCAAACUUAUUGGAGAUUAAGAUGCUCAUGUUCUUUCUUCUUCUAAAGAUAGAGCUUGUAAAUUUAUUUAUUAUUCUUUUUUAAUUUUUUUAUUAGUACUUUGUUGGGAUUUAAAAAACGAAAAACGUAUUAAUGCACAUAUACAGAGAAUGGGAGGUAUAAAUUCUUUCGAUACAACUUAAGACCAUUAAAUUGCUAUUACUACUGGUUAAGAUAGAUAAAUAACUUACUGGAAUCUUAAUUAGUCUAAUCCUACUAAAAUUAUUCAUACUUCUAAAGAUAAUAAAGCAGAUGAUGAAUGUAUGUGCUUACACUUAUCUAAUAACGGAAAAUAUUUCGCUACUGGAGGGUCAUAGUAAGUUGUUAAAAUAUGGGAAUUUUCUACUGGAAAACUUGUUGGAGAAGGUAAAGGCCAUUCUGGAACUAUCAAUACAGUUUGUUUCUCUUUUGAUGAUAAAUAAAUUAUUUCUGGAGGAUGUGACGGUAAUAUAUUUGUUUGGAAUAUAUUUGAUUGA